AUGCGCACGCUGCUCGUCUAUAUCCAACUCGCUGCCGUCCUCCACCAUUCCAGAAGCGCACCCCUCCCCCAGGGCGACGUCUCCCUCUCCCAAGCCGUCAACUGCAACAUCAAUGGCGUCCCGGUCCCAGAUCCUUCCCAGGCGCUGGCAGACCUACAACAGGGCUCUCCUCCUCAGGGGCUAGAGGACGUCGCGUACACCCAGCUCGCCUCGGCGCUCCAGGUCUGCUCCGUCCAGCAGAAUAACGCCCGGAAGGCGUCCAAGCAACCGCUCGUUCGUCGCAUCGACAUCGGCGACGAAGAUCCUGCGCUCCGGACUGCGUCUCGCGGCAUCGCGGCGUCGCGCUCGGGUGCGAUCGCAGUCCCUCGUCCCCUCCACGCUCGAGAUGAGUCAGACAGUGACACCGACGACACGAUCACUCCCCCGCGUUUUGUUUUCACGCCGCCUACCAAAGGCUCGAAGCCGGGAGGUCAAGACUCGUACAGCCCCUCCUCUCCCUCGCACGACGGGUACUCGAUCCACACCAGCGGCUAUUCCAGCGCUUCCAGCGAGGGCUCGUCUUCGCCAAGAGCCUACGCCUACUCUUCGGAGCCGCAUGAAUCUUCUUACCAAGACCACGGUCGCGAGGGCUACGCGAAGGACACCGCUCAGUACUACCCGGCCGAAUCCCAGGGCUACUCCUCUCAUGUUCGUCAGUACGAGGCGCCGCACCACGAGACCCACUACUCUCAGUACUCUGCACCCAAGUACGAGAAGACGUCCUAUCCUCAGUACGAGGGGCCACACUACCAGAAGACGUCCUACCUCCACUACGAGGGGCCUCACUACCAGAAGACCCACUAUCCCGAGUACGAGAAGCCCCGGUACGAGAAGACCUCCUACCCCCAGUACCACCCCCCGCAACGCGAAGAGGCCGUCCACCCGUCUUACUCCGCUCCCCACUAUGAGAAGGCCUCGUACCCCCAGUACUCGGCGUCUCGUUACGAGACGACCACGUACUCAUCGGCCCAGUACGAGAAGACGCCUCAGCCUGAACACUACGCGCCGCAGUACGAGGAGACGACCUCGCCGCAUUACGAGAAGACCUCGUCGCCUCAGCACCAUGACGACCACGAGAAGACGUCUGACCCGGAGUACAAAACGCCCCAAUACCAGAACACGUACUCAGCACCCGACUCUCGGAAGGCCGAGUCCUACCCCACGUACUCGGAGCCUCAGUACGAGAAGGCGUCUGACCCUCAGUACUCGGCGCCGCAGUACAAGGAAACGUCCUACCCAAAGUCUAAGACGCCCGAGUACGAAGAGCAGGAGUCUUCUUACCGUCGCAGCUACGGGGAUACUUCAUACUCUGCUUCGAAACCAAGUGCCUCUCCCGCUGUAUACUUGAAGCCAAGCGCCUCUCCCGCUGUAUACUCGGAGCCAAGCGCCUCUCCCGCUGUAUACUCGAAGCCUGGCGACGUGGACGGUGCCGACUCUGGCUACUCGGACGACAUGACUGGUUACUCCUCUUCUUCGGACGACAUGACUAGUUACUCCUCUUCUUCGGACGACGUGACUAGUUACUCCUCUUCUUCGGACGACAUGACUGGUUAUCCCUCUUCUUUGAACGACUACGGCUUCGAAACAGUUCUCCACGACCAGGACUUCAGGAACGACAACUCUACCAACGAUCCGCUCCCAGGCUUCGUCUCUCCGCUACCGGAGAGCCUCCCAUCGUCGAGCACCUUCUCCAACACCACUUUCGUGUCUACCAACCCUCUUGUCAUUCCCUCCCCUGCCGUGGUCACUAGUGCUGCUCUCGCUGUCCCCGUGAUCGCCGGUUUCUCGAGUCCUUCAAGCGCUGCUGCCUCCACCACCGCCAGCGUCGCGUCUACCAGCACUCUGUCAGUCUCCACUACCGCCAUCGCCAUCCCCACCAGCCCUGUUGUCGAUUCUGGUGUUACUGUAGUAACCGCCAAUGUGAACACCACUCCUACUACCGUCAACUACAGGAUGACAGAUGUUGCCAAUGUCGCAUCGUCUACUCGCGCUCUAUCCAAGGCCACCACCACUGCCAACGACGCGCCGUACAUCCCGGAUGUCAGCUCCACUGUCAGUGCUCCGAGAUCAGUGAACACAAACACUUCCCCCUCUGGCAACAACGCACCCUCCGUUUCCACAGACAAGUCCAACAAGUCCAACAACAACGACGUUGUAACAAGCCCCGGUGUCUUGCAGUCCCCCAAUGGCAAGGUCUCCCCCUCUAACAACGUUCCGAGCUCGGGCGGCUUCCACAGUGGAUUUUCGGGCUUUUCGAGUUUCCGUGGUUCCUCUAGGCCUGGAGACGACAACGCGAGUGGACCUUCUGGCAACUUCAGGUCCCGGCCCGGCCCUAGUCAACCUGGUCGCUCGAACGUCGACCAGUUCGAUACUGAACGCUUCGAUCCAAGCCGUAACGGCGAUUUCGGUUUCGGUGGCUUUGGUGGCUUCGCUGGUUCGGGACCCUCUGGGAACGUUGGCGGCCCUGGCGUUGGUGCCGCCCGCAGGCUUGGAGCAUCUAACCAACGGACGGUCUCCACCAGCGCGCCAGAAUGCAACGACGCGGCGUGUACCACUGCAGGCUUGUUCGCAGACGAGGGAGAAAUCGAGUCGUCUCCUGAAAUCAGCUACGGCCCCUUCGGUGGCCUCGGGGGUCAAGAAGGCGGCACGUCUGUACCUCAGCUCGGUGAAGGACAGGUGGGGUGCCCUGCAGGCACGGACAUCAAGGCCUGCAUCGAUGGAGGGCAUCCGCUGAAGAAGUAG